CACAAAUGUCAUCGAAAGGAUUAUUGUUCAUUGGAAGGAGAACAGUGUGAUGAGGUCAGUCAGAUUGUGAAGUUUCGAUGAAAAAUGGAUGACGGCGCUAUCCCGAAACAAUAAAAACAGUCGCAGAUCUCACCCUCUGAAAAUCGGAAAUUCAAGGCCUAUGGACAGUCUGAAGAAAGAAAGGGAAAAAAAAGGCAAUCAGGUGGCCACCUCACUAACCUUUCCCCAGCGUUCGAGGGAACCGGUGGAUGAGGUGCUGCAGAUCCCGCCCUCGUUGCUGACCUGUGGUGGCUGCCAACAGAAUAUUGGAGACCGUUUCUUCCUUAAAGCCAUCGAGCAAUACUGGCAUGAAGAUUGCUUGAGCUGUGACCUUUGUGGCUGCCGUCUCGGGGAGGUGGGCCGCCGGUUGUACUACAAGCUUGGGAGGAAGUUGUGCAGAAGAGACUAUCUGAGGUUGUUUGGACAAGAUGGACUCUGUGCCUCCUGUGACAAGAGGAUCCGAGCGUUCGAGAUGACGAUGCGGGUACGGGACAAGGUGUACCACCUGGAAUGCUUCAAGUGCGCCGCGUGCCAAAAGCACUUCUGUGUGGGCGACCGCUAUCUGCUCAUCAAUUCGGACAUCGUAUGUGAACAGGACAUUUUUGAGUGGACUAAAGUCAAUGGUCUGCUUUAAGAGCGUGGACUGCAAAUGGAGGUCCUCAGGUGCUCCUAACUGCAUUGCUUCUUCCUUGUUUUCUUCCACUGGACAAUGAACUGGUGAAUAAAAAAUAUGUAGACAUUUGCAGUGGAAGUACUCUACAAGUUUGCAAAAAUAACUUUGAAGCGAAAGGAUGAAUGGAGCAAAGAAAGACACGGCCACAAGCACUUCCUGACUGGAAUUAAGACUUUGGAUACAUGGAAAUAUGAACAGAAAUGUGCACAUGCAAGUAUGACGAGUGUCCUCUAGGUGGCACUGUUUACCUACAAUGGGUAUGGAGUUCUUUAGCAUUGUGGGGCUUUGUGACCAGAACAACUCUUAUAUUCAUACAAUGACUAUUAUGGAUUUUUUUAUGAUUUUUUUAAAGAUAUGGCUUUUGAUAUAUUAUCUUUUUUUGCCAGUCAGGACACCAGCUUUGUCUUCAGAAGUUGUUAACUCCAUGUUGCCCUGUUUUACCUAAGCAGACAGACAAACAUCUUCCAGGGUGACUUCUGGCCCGUGGGUGGUGUGAUCCUUGGGCACCUCAUUCAUUGCAGUCCAGUGGCAAAGGAGCGAUGCCCCCUGGUGACUGUGACAUCUAACAGUGCAGUUUAACUUUCAGCUGAAAAGAUGGCCAUCCUGGAUUUUUCAUUCUGGUUGAAUCUGGUUUAUGCUCAUAUUCAUUUUUAUCCUAUGUUUGUCCUAAAAGAAUAUGAGUCAAAAAAGGCAAAAUUUGUCAAAUCAUUCAUUUCCUAUUUUGUAAUAAAUUCAAUAUGGACAGAAAAUAAAAGGUUUAGGUUAUUUGA